UUGCAAUCAAGCAAUGGAUUUCAAUAGUAAUUCAGUUUCAUCAAAUGUUGUCUCAAAUUCUAUGUUAGUGCCCUCUUGUCCUAUACUUCAUUAUCAUCAAGAAAACGAUAGAGAGCGGAGAAACACUUUCAAUCUACCAUUGGAAUUCAACAGUAAUUCAGCUUCAACAAAUGUGUUGUCGAAUUCCAUCUCAAUGCCCUCGUAUCCAGUGCCUCAGUAUCGUCCACAAAACAUACAGGAGGGGAAACUCAGAUCCUUCUGGGAGAAGCAGUUGAUGGAUAUUCAAGCUGCUGAAGCAUUUAAGAGCCAGCACAAGUUGCCGCUAGCUCGAAUCAGAAGGAUAAUGAAAACAGACGCAGAUGUGCAGAUGGUGAGUGCUGAAACUCCCAUGCUGAUGUCAAAAGCAUGUGAGAUUUUCAUCCAGGAACUCACUUAUCGUGCCUGGAUGCGUGCUGAAGAGAGCAACAAAAGUACUGUGCAGCCAUGUGACGUUGCUAAGGUUAUUAUGCAGAAUCAUGCCAUGCAAUUCCUCACUGAUAUUGUCCCAGAUAACCUCCAAAAUUUCUGUGCUUAUGGUGCUCAGCAGGAAGAGCGUACUGCUGGAAACAUUGCAGAAGGAAGGCAUUCAAGCCAAGCUACCCUGCCUGACACAGCUGGUUUUAUGGGAAAUCCUAUGAAUGUGAUGAAUAUGGGCAGAGGCUUGGAGGCAGGAAACCAGCUGAUUCCUCAACCCAACAACAUGAUGCAGCCUCCCUUUGUUAUGCCUUCAGAUCAAUUUCCUUACAAUUUUCAUCCCAAGUGAACUUAGGGAUGCACUACGGGGAGAUGAAUGAAGUGAUGGUGUGCUCCAGAACUAUGUCUUCUCUUGAGGAACUAGAGCAACAAUUUACAUUAUUAAUUCUCCUCAAACAACUCCUCAACCUUUUCUCUGUUUUGGGAAACAUUAUCCUAUUAAAGUACUUCACAUCUUCAUGUUUGAACAUCCAAUAGAUUAUCUGCUGAGACUGGAAAGAUUGCAUCAAAAUUCAAUUUCAAGAUUGGUCAUAACUGCAACAUUUUCAUAAUUCACGUCAUCAUAGAGCUGUUUAGUAAUUAUCAUGCACGAAAUUACAUGGCAUGGAUUAUAUAAGCUGAUGAAAUAUGGAAACUGAAUUUUGGUAUACAAUUCGAACAAAA